AUGAGUCACCUCAUGCUUCAGUUGCAUGUAGGAAUAGCCUUUUAUGUGCUCUUCAGAUGGUGUCAUGCAGGAAUUACAAAUAUAAACUGCUCUGGUGACAUGUGGGUAGAGCCUGGUGAAAUUUUUCAGAUGGGGAUGAAUGUUUCUAUAUACUGCCAAGAAGCUCUUAAGAACUGCCAACCAAGGAAGCUUUUUUUUUAUAAAAAUGGCUUCAAACAAAGGUUUCAUAUCACGAGGAUUAAUAGUACAACAGCCAGACUUCAGUAUGAAAGCUUUGAGGAGGCUCAUGCCUCUAUACAUUGCACUGCCGAAUGUCCUGGGCAUCAUCAAGAGACGCUCAUUUGUGGGAAAGACAUUUCCUCUGGAUAUCCACCAGAUGCCCCCAGCAAAGUGACAUGUGUCAUUUAUGAACACUCAGGCAACAUGAUUUGCACCUGGAACACUGGGAAGCCCACCUACAUAGACACCAAGUAUGUGGUGCACGUGAGAAGCUUAGAGACAGAAGAAGAGCAGCAGUAUCUUGCCUCCAGCCAUGUGAAUAUCUCCACUGACUCAUUACAAGGUGGAAAGAAGUAUUUGGUAUGGGUCCAAGCCGUCAAUGCCCUAGGCGUGGAGGACUCACCACAACUACAAGUCUAUCUGGACGAUAUAGUAAUACCUUCUGUGCCCGUCAUUUCCAGAGCUGAAUCUGUAAAUGCUACUGUGCCCAAGACCAUAAUUUACUGGGAUAGCAAAACCAUGGUUGAGAACGCAUUCUGUGAAAUGAGAUACAAAGCAACAAGGAACCAAACGUGGAAUGUUAAGGAAUUUGACACAAACUUAACAUAUGUGCAGCAGUCAGAAUUCUACCUGGAGCCAAACAGCAUAUAUGUAUUUCAAGUGAGAUGUCAAGUACUGGGUAAAAGAAACUGGCAGCCUUGGAGCUCACCCUUUGUUCACAGAACUCCCCAGACAGUUCCCCAGGUCACAGCAAGAUCAUCCCAUGAAUCUCAGAAGAUUGAGAUGCUCGCUGCUACAAUCUUUAAAGGACAUUCUACUUCUGAUAAUAGUCAAGACAUUGGAUUUUUGUCGGGAAUGGUCUUCUUGACCAUCAUGUUGCUGAUUUUUUCUCUGAUUGGGAUAUUUAACAGAUCGCUUCGAAUAGGAAUUAAAAGAAAAGUGUUACUGGUGAUCCCAAAGUGGCUUCAUGAAGAUAUUCCUAAUAUGGAAAAUAGUAAUGUUGCAAAAUUGCUACAGGAAGAAAGUGUAUUUGGAUAUAACAAUGCCGGCGAGCAGGCCCUGUACGUAGAUCCUGUACUCACAGAGGUAAGUGAAGUCACUCCCCUGGAACACAAGCCCACAGGCCUGCUGGAGACCAGAGACUGUGCGCUGACAACUCUGUCGACCAGUUCUUCCGUUGUGUAUAUUCCUGAUCUCAACACUGGAUACAAACCCCAGGUUUCAAACCUUCCCCUUGGGGGAAGCCACUUCAUUAGCAAGGAUGAGAGGGAGUCCACAACCCUGGAGGACGCAGAUGGCCACUUUGCCAGACUGAAAACGUAUCCCGGCUUUGCAUUUUCUGCCUCAAGUAUGACUUUACUAAGCAAAACACUUAUUCUUGAUGAACUGAGCCUCAUUUUAAAUCAAGGUGAAUUCAACCCUCUUGACAUACAAAACUCAAGACAGGAGGAAACCAACAUGAUUCUGGAAAGCAACACACCCAGUGAAACUAUUCCAGAGCAGACCCUCCUGUCAGAUGAAUUUGUCUCCUGUUUGGCAAUUGGGAAUGAGGACUUGCCAUCUAUUAAUUCUUAUUUUCCACAAAACAUUUUGGAAAGUCAAUUCAAUGGGAUUUCACUCUUGCAAAAAUAG